CAAAAACACUGGCUCUUCCACUUUCGAAAACAGUCAGUUGUGUUACAAGUGCAUAUUGAAUAAGUAUAAAUGUGACUCAGUAUGUGUAUGUGCGCAGGUUGGGUGGCCUAAGUUCCUCACUCGGCACUCUUUUGCGGGAAUCACUCUCCCGACACUCGCUAAGGGAUCAGAUCUGCCGUGCGGUUCACUGCAGGCAUGCGCGAGGGGCAAAUAGGAGGGGUAGAUUAUAGGGGGCGGGUGCUGGUAUAUAAUACCCCACACAGAGGAGUCCCGUCUGUCGCCUGGGCUUGGGACCACUGUACGCAACAUCUAUGGGGCAGUAAUCCAUAUUCAGCUUUCCAUUUUUCCUUUUUUUUUUGAAAAAAUACCAAAUACAUAUCCAGUGCCUCUAGACAUGGGAGAUGUGCACAGACGCAGCUGCAAUUCUUCUUGUUACACCUGCUUAACUACAGAAAACAGGAGGACCUGUAAGAUCGGAAGGAUGCCCACUUCCAGCGGGUUUCUGAUGGUCACCAUGGCGCUAUCCCUGUAUUUGGUGGAAGCGGUGUCCACAGAGACACUGUGUGGUGGAGAGCUGGUGGAUGCACUACAAUUUGUCUGCGGCUACAGGGGCUUCUAUUUCAGUAGGCCCACCAGUCGAUCAAACAGCCGGCGAUCGCAGAAGGGAAUUGUGGAAGAAUGCUGCUUCAAGAGGUGCAGUUUAAGUCUUCUGGAACAAUACUGUGCAAAACCUGCCAAAUCGGAGAGGGACGUCUCUGCCACGGCGGUCCAGACCACACCACCAGUGCUGUCGCCUGUAAACCAGGAUAGCCCAAGAAAACCUUUGAUCGAGAAAUAUUCCAAAUAUGAAAUCUGGCAGCAGAAGGCAGCCCAGAGGCUGCGAAGGUGGAUCCCUUCAAUCCUGCGAUCCAAGAAGUCAAGGCGGCAGCCGGAGAAAUCGAAGGCCCAGGAGCGGGGCUUUGCGCACCGGCCUCUUAUUGCCCUGCCCAGUGAGCUGCCGCCCACGGAAAACCGUGUCACCAACAAAUGAAUGCAGGAGUGUUUGCUCAGACAAGAGUUGAACAAAAGACCAGGGGAUUAUAGCUUUGUUUGUGACUUCACCGCUAUAUGCCAGUCUUGUGAAACCCUCUGUUUCCCCGUGUCUUGCGCUCCUACAUGCACACACUCUGUCCUGUUUUCACUGUCUCUCCUUCCCACGCACAUAUUCUCUCAAAAAAAGAACUAAAUAGGUGUGUAUAUAUAGGUAAAUAAGGAAAAAAGGAAGAAACAAAGAUAAAAGAGAUUUAUGGCUUGGCAAGCAACAAGAGGACACAGAAGAAAGGUUUUUUUUUUUUUAAUGGGGAAGAAAACAAAAUGUGAAAAGCGAGUAUAAAAGACUCCCGUUCCAUGCCAGUUUCCUGAGAAAAAAAAAGUGCACCUUUUUGUUAAAUUUGUUAUUAGUUUGCACCUGUUACUAUAAAGAAGUGUAUCCACACUGUAAGGAGUUAGUUCGUUCAAUUAGAUUCCUCUUCCAGCACCUUUUUAUUGCAAACAAAACGCAGAAGGUUCUGCAAGUUGCACAUUGCCAUGGAUUAUGUCAAAGUUAUUGUUUUUAUGCAAAUAAAAUAGCACUAUUUUUUUACGCAAGCAAUGAACAUGUAACUCAACUCAAAUGUCAUGGUGCUACCUUUGGGAAUGGACUCGAAGUUAAGAAAGUGAAAAAAUGCACAUUUUUUCAUUCUUUGGGAAAAUUAUUAAACUUUCUGUUUUAGGAAAAGUGUGACUUUGAAGAAAAAAAAAAAAAAAAACUGCUUCGUUUUGGCAAUGUAGAAUGGAUUUCACUGUAUAGAGCCUUCGGUAUCCCACAGUACAUCGCCCGUGUCAUGGAAGGUGGAUACAUUUGGCUCAUUUGCAUUUGGCUGUGCUUUGAGAGGGUUGCUGUGAUGCUCAGAAGGGAAACGGCUUGAGGAUAACAAAGAGAUAACAUCAGAUUUCUGGAAGAUCAGAAGAUGGCCUCUCUGCUUGAGAAGAAAAAUUGUGUUAUUUUGAGGUAGAGGAACAUUACAGUCAUAGGACAAGUGUGAUGUGUUUCUGAUGUUGCUUCCAUUCUUUGUGAAAAAGAAAAAGAAAAAAAAAAGACAAAUACUGCUUUUGUACCAUGACAUUCCACUUUGCAAGAUAGAAAUGUUAAUUUUUUUAAAAAUAUCUUAUGGCUCCAUCAAUAUUUCCAAAAUACUCUGCAUUUCUAAAGAAAGCCACACAUUAAAAAAAAGAAAAAGCAGUAGAAAAUAUCAACUAACACUUUAUUUUAUAUUGUUUAUCAGUAGUAUUUCCAUGCUUUUGCUUGAGAACCAAUACUUGAAUAUAUAAAAUUAGUUUCCAGGGAUGUCAUGUUAUGUCUUGGAGUCUUUGAGUCUGAGCUGUAUCUUGAAAAAAAAAAAUGAGCCGCCAAGCUUUUUUUGUUUCAACACAGAUAAUGGCACUGU